AUGGUGGAGAAUCAGUGUAAGGCUAGACCAGUGAAAGCUUACAUAAUGAUUAGUGAUUUAUUAAAAAGGUUCGAUUCAGAAGCGGCGAAUGAUGUCGUAAAAUUUGUGAUUGCAGUCGUCGGGUUUUAUAUUGGCUUGUUUUACUUGGAAUACGUGGACACAGAGUACAGCUUGUGGUUAACAUGGGUCCUCACACCAGUGAUCGUCACGUUCCUGUUACCUGCAGUCAUCAUAGUACUGAUAUACGUCAGCAGUAUCAUCUUUCAUCUAUACAGGCUGUACAGACUGCGUGUAGUGUCAGGCGUGCAAAGCGACUGGAAGCACGCGGCUCGCCUCGCAGUUUGCGCGUUGUGGGACGCCCACGGGUGGCUGUGGCAUGGCUACGAUAUCAGAGGUAUAGAGAACAUACCAGAAGGUCCGUUUCUAUUGAUUUACUACCACGGUGCGCUACCUGUUGACAUGUACUAUUUCACCGCGCGCAUGUCGCUCUUUAAACGAAGGCACAUUCACACGGUGGCUGAUCGCUUCAUGUUUAAAAUACCUGGUUGGGCAUCCCUUCUAGAGGGUUUGUGCGUGAUACCCGGAACAGUGCAAACGUGUGUGGGAGUCCUUCGGUCGGGGAACUCCCUGGCUAUAUCUCCCGGGGGUGUGUAUGAAGCACAGUUUGGGGACCAUUAUUACGGGUUGAACUGGAAGGCCAGGAAAGGAUUCGCUAAGGUUGCCAUUGAAGCUAAAGUGCCAAUAGUCCCAAUGUUCACUCAGAACGUUCGAGAAGCUUUCCGAACAGUGGGCUGGCUUCGUGGUAUCUGCCUCCGCAUAUACGCGGCCACUCGCAUCCCGCUCGCGCCCGUGUACGGGGGCUUCCCCGUCAAGCUGGUCACGCACCUCGGCCCCGCCAUACCGUAUGAUGAGUCGCUCACUCCAGACCAGUUGCAGCAGAAGGUUGCGUCGGCUAUAGAAAAUCUGGUAGAGGAACAUCAAAGAGUGCCCGGCAGUAUUCUCCUUGCUCUGUUAGAAAGAGUCUACGAAAUGCCCAAGAAAAAAAGCAAAAAGUCCCACACUAAUGGCACCUGUCAAAACGGUGUUGCCAUUAAAAAGCAAGAUGGCGACUUAAGUAAUAAAUGUGACAGUGACAAAAAGGUUUCC